UUCUGUCUUUCUGUCGCUCGUUGUCUCCAUCACAUGCCCACCUGCUUCCUCUUUAUUUCUCCCUAACACUUUCUCUUCUCUCUCUGUCGCUCAGUCUCUCUCUCCUCUUCUCUCUCAGUCUGCAUACUGUAGCCCUGAAGUGCAGUCCUCUCUCUCUCUCCCUACUGCUCUCUCUCCAUCUCUCUCUCUCUGCACCACUUGGAGGAGGAGUCACUGACACACACACUCUCUUUCUCACACACAACCUCUCUCACACACAGUCUGUGUGACCAGCUCAGCCAGCAGCCAGCAGCCAGCAGGCCCGUUUCAGAGCAGGGAAGCCCAGGAGAGACCUAUCCCAGGAUGGAUGUACUGAUGAAGGGGUUCAGCAUGGCCAAGGAGGGGGUGGUGGCCGCUGCGGAGAAGACCAAGGCUGGGGUGGAGGGGGCAGCCGCUAAGACCAAGGAAGGUGUCAUGUAUGUAGGUUCAAAGACAAAGGAGGGAAUGGACGCAGGGGUAAACAUAGUUGCUAACCGCGACCAGGCGAACAUCGUCGGGGACCCCACUGCUGGAGCUGACCUCUUACAGGGAGGCAUGGAGAAUACCGGACAAGCGGAGGAGCCUCAGCCUGUAUACGAGGCAGAAUAUGGAGGAGUGGAGCAGGGAGGAGAAGGAGGAGAAGGCGGUUACUAGUCAUUCCAGGGACCUCUUCUCCCCAGCCCUCCGUUGGUCCCUCGCCCUGCUGUUCCAGACUUCCAGAUGUUCUAUUUAUUUUUUUGUGACUUUAUGGAACCAAACCAGAUACAGACUCUUCCAGAUAACUCUAUACACCUCCUGAUACCCCAUGAGACCCUCUUCUGUACCCGCACCCCCCCACCGCCCCCCCCCACUGUGUUCUGCCCCAUGUAGCUCCCCGCCCCCCCCUUCACUGUGUUCUGCCCCAUGUAGCUCCCCCCCCACUGUGUUCUGCCGCAUGUAGCUCCCCCCC